CUGGACUUCCACUCGUGCGUGAGGCGAGCGGAGCCAGAAGUCGAGACCAGAGGCCGAACUCGGGAUCUGACAAGAUGGCCGGGCUGCCCCGCAGGAUUAUCAAGGAAACCCAGCGUUUGCUGGCGGAACCAGUUCCUGGCAUUAAAGCAGAACCAGAUGAGAGCAACGCCCGUUAUUUUCAUGUGGUCAUUGCUGGCCCCCAGGAUUCCCCCUUUGAGGGAGGGACUUUUAAACUUGAACUAUUCCUUCCAGAAGAAUACCCGAUGGCAGCCCCUAAAGUACGUUUCAUGACCAAAAUUUAUCAUCCUAAUGUAGACAAGUUGGGAAGAAUAUGUUUAGAUAUUUUGAAAGAUAAGUGGUCCCCAGCACUGCAGAUCCGCACAGUUCUGCUAUCGAUCCAGGCAUUGUUAAGUGCUCCCAAUCCAGAUGAUCCAUUAGCAAAUGAUGUAGCGGAGCAGUGGAAGACCAACGAAGCCCAAGCCAUAGAAACAGCUAGAGCAUGGACUGGGCUAUAUGCCAUGAAUAAUAUUUAAAAUCGAUCUGAUCAUCAAGUGUGCAUCACUUCUCCUGUUCUGCCAAGACUUCUUCCUUUUUUGUUUGCAUUUAAUGGACACAGUCUUAGAAACAUUACAGAAUAAAAGCCCAGACAUCUUCAGUCCUUUGGUGAUUAAAUGCACAUUAGCAAAUCUAUGUCUUGUCCUGAUUCACUGUUGUAAAGCAUGAGCAGAGGCUAGAAGUACCAUCUGGAUUGUUGUGAAACGUUUAAAGGCAGUGGCCCCUCUCUGCUUUUAUUCAUUUCCCCAAUGAUGGUUAAAGUAUAAAGCACUGUGAAUGAAGGUAGUUGUCAGGGUUAGCUGCAGGGGUGUGGGUGUUUUCUCUUUAUUAUUUUUUUUGAGGGGGUGAGAGGUAGUUUUAAUUUUGUGGGCUCCUUUCCCCCUUUUUAUGGUGAUCUAAUUGCAUUGGGUAAAAGCAGCUAACCAGUUCUUUAGAAUAUGCUCUCUAGCCAAGUCUAACUUUAUUUAGACGCUGUAGAUGGACAAGCUUGAUUGUUUGAACCAAAAUGGGAACAUUAAACAGACAUCACAGCCCUCACUAAUAACAUUGUGACUUUGCUGUCAAGUGUAGAAUCCUUCCUUCAAAAAAAGCUUGUGACCAUUUUGUAUGGCUUGUCUGGAAACUUCUGUAAAUCUUAUGUUUUAGUAAAAUAUUUUUUGUUAUUCUA